UAUCGAUCUUCAGGAGGAGAAACUUCGAUCUAGGCAUCACUUACUUUUGAAGUGAUAUUGACGACGGAUGCCGUGUGAGGAUUAACUAAAUUUUAUACAACGGCCUAAGAUGAUGAUCAAAGUUAUCAAGUGUAGUUGUCCACGAGUUUUCACCGCUUCUAGUUCUAGUACACCUAAAAAAUGUCAUCGUUCUUUUUCGCAUCUUCGACUUCUUUCUUCAAACAUGGCAGCUUUCCCAGUCACUACACGAAGUGCAACUGCCCUGGACGAAUUUUCUUUGCCACCAGGUACUACGCGACAAACAAUGCGGCAACUUCCUCUCAAGAGAGCCUCCGUGAUGCAUUACGCUUUAUCGAGGAUGAGAAAAAUCAAACGUUUCGCAUCGAAGGGAUCAAAGCGCCAAAAGCGCAACAGCACCAUCACCAUAAUCUACGUGGAAGACAACGUCAACAUGAAGGGUCUAGCCGAGAAGAAAGUAGAACUCAGGAAGUUAGUCAUGUUGCUGAGGCGUCAACACGGACUAGCUGCACGCCUUCUGUAUCAACGAAAAUACCGGAUGCCAGUUUUACCAGCACGAAGACCGAGACGUCCUUUGGAGGAUGUACGACUUUGACGUCAGCAGAAGCGGCUGCUUCUGCUAUCGCAAACCAAGUCCAAGCUGGCAACGGGGAGGACUCGUCAAAGCUGUUUUCUCCAGUACAUCCUGAAUACGUGCAGCAAGGUUCGCCUGAUGUGGCCCUUACCUCUGCGUUUCCUAGUACUCGUCCUCAGAUAUUACGUCCAAGUAGUGACAAGUCAUUAUCUUCGUCGUCGUGGCACCCGAUGACCAGUCCUCAACAGCGGAAUAAGUUAGAAUCUCUUGGCUACGAAACGAUAGGCUCGCAUUCUGCGAUCAAGUUGUGCCGCUGGACGAAAAACGCGCUAAAGGCGCGAGGACAGUGCUACAAGCACACUUUUUACGGCAUUAACAGCCACCAGUGCAUGGAGAUGACGCCGUCAUUAGCUUGCGCGAACAAAUGCGUCUUCUGCUGGAGAAAUCAUCAGAACCCGGUGACGAAAAAGUGGAAAUACGAAGUCGAUGAUCCGCAGUAUUUGCUUGACGAAGCCUUGAAAAAACAUGAGACAAAGUUUUUGCGACAAGUGCUCAGCGGAUUGCGUGAGCGUGCUGAUCCUGUCCGUGUGCAAGACCUGGAGAACAGUUUGCGGGGAGUCGGAGUUGUACAUAAUCAACAAGGUCAAGGAGCCCCUGAGGAGACUAACUAUAAUGGACUGCAUGAAGGUGGAGCCCUCUCGUCCAUCGAAGUAGAUGGUAAACAAAGCCAAGAACAGCAUCGACAUCCUGCAUUUGCUUCAACUUCUGAAGAUGGCUCAUCAUCCGCUAGUGGUCCUUUGCUGUCUGCUUCCAGCACAGAAAAUCCCUUCGAUGUUCUUGACAAAAUCAAUGCGAAUGAUAGGAGCAGCUCUGCCGUCAGACACUGCGCUUUGAGUCUCGUCGGUGAGCCAGUGCUGUAUCCGCGUCUCCCGGAAUUGCUUGAGCGUAUGUAUGCCAAACGAAUCUCCACUUUUUUGGUUACCAAUGGGCAAUUUCCAGACUCGCUAGCUGCCGUCCCAGAGCGUUAUUGCACUCAACUCUAUUGCAGUGUCGAUGCUGGGACAGAAGAGAAGUUGCGGGAUGUUGGCCGACCUCUAUUUAGCGAUGCUUUCACGAGAAUGCAAAAAUCUCUGGAAAUCUUGCGGGAAAAAAGGUGCCGAACAGUGCUACGAUUGACCUAUUUGCUUCCGCGAGGGCGUGAGCGUGGUAGUGGAGCUAACAAACUAGGAAAAACAAGUGCAAGUGCAAGUCUAAGUCUAUCUUCAGAGCUAUCAGAAGAUCAUGCACAAGAACUAAGCGAUGCCGUUUCUGACGCUGCCGAUGAGUACGCAAGUGUCCUGCAGAUCGCAGAAGCAGACUUUAUCGAGGUCAAAGGCGCCACCUAUGCUCCAGAGGUAUUUUCCAAGACUGGUCUCACCCAAGCGCACGUUCCAACGCAUAGCGAUGUCAUAGAAUUCGCUUCAGCCAUACAGAAGCGCCUACCAGCGUACGGCCUGGCCUGUGAACACCACCACAGCUGUGGCGUGUUACUAGCUCGAAAGGAUCGAUGGCUACGUCAACAACAUGUUGAGCAUGGGACGACACAUGGAGAUGACACUAGGACUAGUAACAUGUAUUGGCGGACGUGGAUUGACUUCGAUAAAAUGUUUGAUCUCACUACAUCUAACGACUCACCUCCGAAUACAUCAGUGGACACUGUUACUGUUUCUAGUUCUGAAACUAAUUAUGAGAAGGAAAACGCUCCUUUUACGGCCUUGUCGUCGUGUAGUAAUAGUACUAAAUCUAGUAGAUCUACCACUAGUACUAGUUUCGGUAAUCUAGAACCAAGCAAAGACUUUUCCGUGAGAACUCCUGAAUUCGCGCUAUUUGGCAGUAAGGAACGCGGGUUGAAUCCUAGAGAUCGCAUGCGUCGUUCAGGGUGUAGACCUGACGAUAAUAAACUUGUGGAGCAGUUGUCAGCAGCAGCGUCUUCGGAUCUUCAUCAAGUUGAAAGUCCUCAUCCCCAAGUAGUCCAAAGCCCAUAUACCACGUCGACCGCGAAGCUAGGUGGAUAGU